CAAAAGAACGUGUUAAAAUGGGGAGAAAAAAGAUUCAGAUAGCACGGAUUACAGAUGAACGCAACAGACAAGUCACGUUCACGAAGCGUAAGUUCGGGCUGAUGAAGAAGGCGUAUGAGCUCAGCGUGCUGUGUGACUGUGAGGUGGCCCUGAUCAUCUUCAGCAGCACCAACAAGCUGUUCCAGUACGCCAGCACAGACAUGGACAAGGUCCUGCUCAAAUACACCGAGUACAGCGAACCCCACGAGAGCAGGACCAACACGGACAUUGUGGAUACCCUGCGCAAAAAGGGUCUAAAUGGUUGCGAGAGCCCGUACGUUGAGGCUGAUGACUCUGGUGGCCAGAGCCCAGAAUCAGAUGACAAAUACCGGAAAAUCAAUGAAGACAUUGAUCUGAUCAACAGACAGCGACUCUGUCAGGCCUUGCCUCCACCUACAUAUAACAUGGGUGUGUUCAUCUCAAGCAGCAACCCCAGUGGACUGCUGUACUCUCAUCCUGGACAUGGCAGCUACCAUAGCCACUGCACCUCCCCAGGGCUGAUGUCUCCAGGAGCCAUGUCUACAAGUGGGCAGUCUAAAAGCCCUCCCACUCUGGCCAUGAGCCACGAGCCAGACCCCGGCACACUUGUGCCCCCCGGCCUCAAGAACAACGUCUUCACUGGUAACCAGAGAAUAAAUCACCCCCAGCCUGCUCAAACGACGCCCAUAGUCUCCACAGAAACCCCACCUGUGCUCAGUCUGGGCAUGGGGGGCUACUCAGCAUCACUCUCCACUUCCUACGGCACAGAGUACUCCCUUGGCAGUGACCUGGGUUCUCUGUCUGCAUUUGGAGGUCCCAGUCUAGGACCAGUAACAACCUGGCAGCAGCAGCAGAUACCAGAUCUGCAGCACACACCACGAGGACACAUGAGAAACAUAUGCCAGAACUCCAACCUUAUCAUCGCCUCUGGUCAUCAAAACCUUCACGUGAAGUCCGAGGCAGCGUCCCCUCCAAGAGACUUCAAUGUCACAAUGGUCAACACAGGGUUCUCCACUAGUCGGGGUCCAGCUGAAGGAAGACAUUCCCAGGGCGACGGUGCGUCCAGCUCUGGAAGCUCAUAUGACGGCAGUGAUGAUCAUGAAGACCACCACCGAAAUGAUAACUUCCUUUUGCGACCUCUGUCCAGUCAGGAGGGGCGCUGUAGCCCGUCAGUCAAACGAAUGCGGAAAUCAGAAGGCUGGGCAACAUGAUGAGGCCUGCCCUGAAGGCCUAAUGUCAGAAAGAGGAGGAGCUGUUCCUUACAUCAUCAUCAUCAUUAUUAAUAUCAUUAUUAUUGUUA